GCCAUCUCCAUUCUAUUUCCCUCUUCCGGCCUCUCUCUCUCUCCCCCGCCCUCUACCUUCUCUCGCGGUCAAAUCAGACAGUCCUUUCUCUCGCCAUCGUUACUGGUUCAUGAAAAGCAGAUGAGCUGGAGAAAUCCACCUUGUCACUUUCUUAAAAUCAAUACUGAAGCGUGAAGAAUACCAGGACCAAAUAAUUAUAUUGUUGUUACCUCAAUGCUUGCCUAUUUUCUUCUAUUGUCACCACAAUCGCAUCUCCAUCAUUCUCUUAUUCUAGAGAUGGGGUUGUUGUUGUGAGCACUUGUCACAUGUAAUGUAUUUAUUUUGAAGCCCAUACCUAGAGAAAUAGAGAAAGAAAGUGAGAGAGAUGAUCCUUCCAGUGGUGAAGCUGGGGACCCUUGCUCUCAAAACUUUCUGCAAACCCAUAGCCAGUCGUCUCAAGAAAGAAGCAGGCCUGCAUCCAAGGUUCCGCCAGUUCAUCAUAAACAUAGCCCAGGCAAAUCAUAGAUUCACAACAAAUUUGCAAAGACGCGUAUAUGGUCACGCAACCAAUGUUGAAAUACGUCCUUUAAAUGAGGAGAAGGCUGUACAAGCUGCAUCAGAUCUUAUUGGGGAACUCUUUGUGUUCUCAGUUGCUGGAGCUGCUGUUAUUUUUGAGGUGCAAAGAAGUUCUAAAUCAGAAGCAAGAAAGGAGGAGAAGCGCAAACAGGAAUUACAAGCAAUAAAACAAAGAGAUGAAGAAUUAGCUAGAGAAAUCGAGCUUGUCAAACAGAAAGUUGCAGAGUUGGAACAACAUGCCAAAGCACGAGGGGUCGCAGGAUUAUUCAACUUCAGGCAAGCUCAUACUGCAGAAGAUGAAAAGGCAAAACAUGUUUGAUUCAUUUGUAGUUCAUGAAAAGCACAUCCUCUUGUGCCAGAUUAUAGCUAUCCUGUUGUAGUCUUGUAACAGUUUCUAAUCACGGAGAGUGAUAAUUAAAUGAAAACUUGUUCUUAUUUAAUGUUUUAGGGGCCAUGAGCUCUACACCAUUCUAGUUGGUUGUCUAUAUAGCACUUGGGCAUUUAUCAUGCCAUAUGGAUAGUUUCCUGUCAAUAAAAGCAUUUGAUGUUAUUCUGUA